AGCUCACAUUCAGAUGCGUCAGAAGUAGAUUAUAAAUCAUCGCCUGUCCUUCAAGACCAAAUUAAGGAUCAAAAUUUUCAAGCAAUUUAUUCCGACGAAAAGUGGGAAGAGAAAUCACAUUACGCAGAAAUCAUGUCCACUGUCAGUGGCAGUGAGUUUUCUGAAUUCUUACCCACUCCUCCACGGCCAAGCGACAGCCAAUCAGAUAUCUCUACGGAUGGAUAUUUCCGUGGUAGUUAUAAAUCAUUUAAAAACAAACCUGAAAGAAACGUUAAAGAAAACAGAGAGGUUGUUGCUGAAGAGACAAGUCAAUCAGAUCAAGAAAAGCAUAAUGAAGAAACUUUAGAGCGUUUACGAUAUGGUGAGACGUGUGAGAGGAAUGGAAACAAAAGUAGAAAAAACGUCGGUUCAUUUAAUAAAGAGACGAGCUGUUCAUCGUGGACUCAUAAUAACAGCGGUUUUAGAAAGAAACAUGUGCCAAUAAAUGGUGUUCAAGUCCUUUCACCAGAACCAGUUUUAAUUCAGUUUGAAAGUAGCGAUGAGGAGAAAGAAAAUUGA